AUGGCACCUGCUGCAGCACACCCAGCAGCAGGCGGAGGAGCAGCAAUGGAAGGGAACGGAGGAGCAGCAGUGGAGGGAAGCGGAGGAGCAGCAAUGGCGGCAGGAGGUGCAGCCGCAGCUGUUUGGUCACCUGCUGGGUCAUCAGCAGUUGGAGGGGGAGGCUGGGCUGAGGGUAGGAGCAGACCUGGUCGAGCAAACGCAGCAGCAACAGCAGCUCCAACAGCAACAGCCGCAGCAGCAGCAGCAGCAGCAGCAGCAGCAGCAGCAGCAGCAGCAGCAGCAGCAGCAGCAGCAGCAGCAGCAGCAGCAGCAGCAGCAGCAGCAGCAGCAGCAGCAGCAGCAGCAGCAGCAGCAGCAGCAGCAGCAGCAGCAGCAGCAGCAGCAGCAGCAGCAGCAGCAGAAGCAGCAGCAACAGCAGCAGCAGCAAGAGCAGCAGCAGCAGCAGCAGCAGUACCAGUGGUUCUCAAGAAACCCAGAGCCCUGGUCGUUCGAGAAGGCAACACCAACGCCCUGUCUGUUCCACCCCAGGCUCUGCUCCCCACAGCAGGUGGUAACCCCAUCCAAUCCCCCAACGACCUCAAAUCGAAUUCCGACUCCAAAUCCCUCUCCGGAGGCUCGGGAACGGCCCAGCCUGCCGAGCCUGACUCGGGGAACGCGGCGACCAGCGCCAAGCCUGCGUCCAGCUGCGGCGGCGGCGACCCGAAGCUGUUCCGGGGGGUGCGGCAGCGGCACGAGGGCCGGUGGGUGGCCGAGAUUCGAUACCCUAAGAAGCGCUCCCGCGUGUGGCUAGGCACGUUCAACACCCUGGAAGAAGCGGCAAGAGCGUACGACCGAGCCGCUGUGAAGCUACGAGGGCCCAAGGCACGGACUAACUUUCCCCACCCGGCCCUGGCGGAAUGGCAGCCGUUGCCUGGGUAUGUUGGGGUGGAGAAGGCGAUAAAUGAGGCGAGGGAGAGGGGUGGGGGGGAUGUGGGUGCGGCAGGGGUGGCUGGGUGGGUUCAGGGUUCAGGAUUCAAUGCUUCUAAUGCUGCUGGGAGCUCUGUAGGCGGCCAAGGGUUGGGGAGGCAGGUGCAGGUGGUGGUGCCUGGGAGUGGUGGUGCGGGAGGAGGGGGGUUGGUGGGAGGAGGUGCGGCAGGGGGGAUUGUGGGGCCCCAGGCAGGGGUAGGUGGGGGUGGGGUUGGUGAUGGGUCGUUUGGUGGGCUGCUGGAAGGGCCGGGAGGAGUUGGUGGAGGUGCUGAUGCUGGCAUUGUUGGCGGUGGUGUUGGUGGGGUGAGAGGGCAUGUGGGUGGGUUGGAUGGGACCACUUUGCAGCAGCUGCAGUCGCUGGGGAUUCCUCCGGCUGUUGUGGCGGCAGCUUGA